GCCUCCCUUCUCCCCUGCUCUCCACAUUUCUCUCUCUAGCACACACAUGCGCGUGCGUGCGUGCACACAUACCCAUGUUAGGCGCUUGUAUCCAUCAAUGUAGAAUGAAGAUGGAGAAAUUCUGCCCAUCCUAAACUCUUCACUGGUUUUGAUUUAGCUUUGCAAAAACACUCCCAUCUCUCCCUCUCAUUUUCUCUGCUCCUCUUCUCCCUUCUCUCCCUCAGCCACUAUUCAGAAAGGAAAGAAGAGGAAAGAAGAAAAGACCAGCGAGAAUCCCAGGUGUUCAAUGCAAAGCAAAAGGAAAAAAAGAAAGAGCACCGCGACCUGGCUUCCUUGCACGCUGUACCAACUGCUGCUAACACUAGUUCCGAUUAUGAUGACAUUAUGAGCUGCCUGCUACAGAACUGGGUGUUGACAGCCUUCCUCUCUCUGCUGCUUUGUCAUUCAGGUUUUGUUAAGGCGGAUACACAAUCUGGUGAUUUGCGGAGGUGGAACCCAAAUGCCAGCUGGCGCAAAAAAUGGGCUGUUUCACAAAUCACCUACCCCACCAGGCUAAUGGGACAGAGUGCUGGAGGUGAAAUACAGAAGCAUCAGUUGGACACAAGGGUGAGAAAAGGUGGCAUCGGCAGAGGAGAAGGAAGUGGGAAAGAUGGAAACCCUGUUCUACAUCUGGCCCAGGUGAGUUUCCUAAUCCAUGCCUUUGGGUCAGCCUUCAUCUUGGACCUUGAACUGAAUCACUACCUGCUGUCUUCGCAUUAUAUAGAACGUCAUUUUGGACAGGAUGGAAAUGCCAGCUAUACCACGGGAGCCAGUGAACACUGUUAUUAUCAAGGCAGCCUCCGUGGAGAAGCAAACUCAUUUGCAAGUCUGUCCAGCUGCCAUGGUUUGCAUGGUGUUUUCUCCGAUGGAAAGGCCACAUACCUUCUGGAGCCCUACCAUUUACCUGAGCACCAAGAGGGAUCAGUCCCUCACCAGAUCUACCGGACACCUGUACCUCGUACUGCCCAAGGCUGCACUGAGCCAGGGUGCUUAUUUGCUGCACUGAAUGACUAUAUUCCUUCUGGGCUCCCUAAAGUGCGCCAUCGAAGGCAGGUUCACCGAGGCCACCGGACAGUCCACAGUGAGACCAAAUUCAUUGAACUCAUUGUAGUUAAUGACCACCAGCUGUUUGAACAGCUGCGCCACUCUGUCGUCCUUACCAGUAACUUUGCAAAGUCUGUGGUGAACCUUGCUGAUCUGAUCUAUAAGGAGCAGUUAAACACCCGCAUUGUGUUGGUUGCCAUGGAGACCUGGGCAUCAGGGGACAAGAUCCAGGUAGACCAAGAUUCCCUGGAGACACUGAGUGAGUUCAUGAAGUAUCGACAGGAUGCUCUUCCUGAGCAGAGCGAUGCUGUACAUCUCUUUUCCGGGCGCACUUUCAGAAGUAGCCGUAGUGGCACGGCUUAUGUUGGAGGGAUCUGCUCAGUUGCCCGAGGUGGAGGUGUCAAUGAGUACGGCAACGUGGGAGCAAUGGCAGUAACAUUAGCACAGACCCUGGGGCAAAACAUCGGUAUGAUGUGGAACAAACACCGCACCUCUGCAGGAGACUGUCGCUGUCCCGACUCAUGGCUGGGCUGUAUUAUGGAGGACACUGGGUACUACCUGCCACGGAAGUUCUCACGCUGCAGUAUUGACCAAUACAAUCAGUUCCUGGCUGAAGGUGGGGGAAGCUGUCUGUUUAACAAGCCUUUGAAGCUUCUUGAUCCCCCUGAAUGUGGCAAUGGAUUUGUGGAAGCAGGAGAAGAAUGUGACUGUGGGUCCCUGGCGGAAUGCUCCAAGGUUGGUGGAAACUGCUGCAAGAAGUGCACACUUACACAUGAUGCCAUGUGCAGCGAUGGGUUGUGCUGCCGAGGGUGCAAGUACGAGCCCCGUGGAGUCACUUGCAGAGAAGCUGUGAAUGAGUGCGACAUCCCUGAAACCUGCACUGGUGACUCUAGUCAGUGUCCACCCAAUUUGCACAAACAGGAUGGCUACUUUUGUGACAAUGAGCAGGGCAGGUGUUUCGGAGGCCGUUGCAAAACUAGGGAUCGCCAGUGCAAUGCAUUGUGGGGACGUGCUUCAGCUGAAAGGUUGUGCUAUGAGAAGCUGAAUGUUGAAGGCACUGAACGAGGGAACUGUGGGCAUGAGGGAAACCGCUGGGUGCCAUGUAUCAAGCAGGAUGUGCUGUGUGGAUACCUCCUCUGUGCCAAUGUGACAGGAUCUCCACGUGUUGGUGAACUUCUUGGCGAAAUCACUACAAUGACUUUCUACCAUCAGAAACGUUACGUUGACUGCAGGGGUGGCCACGUGCAACUUGUGGAUGGCACAGAUAUAAGCUAUGUGGAAGAUGGGACUCCCUGUGGGCCCAGUAUGCUGUGUCUUGAUCACAAAUGCCUUCCUGUUUCUGCCUUUAACUUCAGCGUCUGCCCAGGCAGCUGGGGCAGCCAGAUCUGCUUUGACCAUGGGGUCUGCAGCAACGAAGGCCAAUGUAUCUGCUAUCCUGACUGGACAGGAAAAGAUUGCAGUGUCUAUGACCCUAUCAUAGAGCCUAAGCCUACAGGGGAGACAGAAAAGUACAAAGGUCCCAGUGGUACCAACAUCAUUAUUGGCUCCAUUGCUGGAGCUAUCCUGGUGGCUGCUAUUGUCCUUGGUGGCACUGGAUGGGGAUUUAACAAGGAUCAAGGCUCCUAAAGUGCCAAGGCAGAGCAGUGAGGAAGAGGAACAAAGGCUGCAUUGCAUGAAGAGCACAAAAGAGGGAGUACUUCGCUCACCUUGGACCCCUUGCCACCUCCCAGCCGUUCCUAGCCCGGUGAUACCUAUAACUGUGAAUUCUGUUGCACAUGGGUUGUAUAUAUGGGCCCCUCUCUGGGUGGGAACCUUGUCUGUAUAUUGUGAUGUACCAAAAGACAGACUCAGCUGCCAGCCUCCAGGCAUUCUUGCAGAUCAACGUUGUACUUUCAUUGCACAUGCUGAAUGUCAAAAGCUAUCAGACAUAGGGGUUUCCAGUCAAUGGAAGGAAUGAUUCUGGGUCUUCCACUCAAGCAAAUGCAAACAGCUGGAUGCCUUUUUGUUUUGUGUUCUCUGCUGCACUGUGCACACACAAUGUUUGCUAAAUUUUUAAAGGAGCCAUUUAGGCUCUUCAGCCCAUUAAUAAAAGAAGGACCAAUAGUUUAAGAAGGGAUUUCCUACAGCAUGCUGUCAAUCCUAACAUAUACUAUAUGGAAAAGGAGAGAUAUGCAUCCAACUAUCAAAUGACAAAAGAGUGGUCUUCAGUUGUUAUUAUUCAAGUCUUACUGUCAUUAACUUGUUUCUGAAAAGUAGAUGCUGGGGUUCCGCCCUGGACACACUUCCUUUGAUGUGGUAGCCUUUCUCCUUGACCAAAAAUGUGGGGAAGAUGCUUGAGGCUACUUUGUGGUCAGAAAAAUACUGAUUUUGUAACUAGUUAAGCACUGCACUUGUGCUCAGUUAUAUUAAUAAUAAAUUGAUAGUAAAAUAGUCAUUAAGUCAUAUAUUCUAGAACAAGAACAGUGACAUUUACAAACAAAAAGUUGGUUCUAGGUUAAAUGCAGGCCCUGCUCAGAAAGUCUCUUCUUUCACCUCACUUCUCCCAGAAGUGAACCCUGACAAUAAAAACAGACCCUCUGAAGAACCUUCCUUCAAUUUAAGUUUGAAAAGAUGCUUUGCUUUUGCAGGACUCUGUGGCUGGAUUUUCCACAGCCAUCGUGGCUGGGGAUUGUGGAGAAAGUGGUGUGCCACAUUUCUAGGGCAGCAGGGCAGGGAUGUCUGCCACCGAUGCAAUGCUCAGUGGCACACUGGCCAUUUGAUACUAUUUAGGGGGUGCCUUAAAUAAAAUACUUGGAGGGAAAAGCAUUAGCAGGUCAUAUAACUUCAUUAAAGGAAUGAUGUCAGCACACAUUUUCAUCCUGCUUUGAGACCAGAUUCCCUGAUUAUUAAAAAUUUCCUAAACAAUAUGGUGAACUUGAAAUUAAGCUUUCAAAAUGGCUUGAUGGGUGUCAGAUGCUUAGCAACCCACCUCAAGGUUUUUAUUUGUCUUGAAAGUCUGCAAACUGCAAAAUGAAUGCAAUUUGCAAAAUAGAUCAGCUGCUGUGUAAGCUUCUGGUGGGCAACAAAAAUGAAACAACAGGGAUUAAGUGUUUUGGUUUUGCUAUUUUUCCUGCAGAGUAACUGAAGUUUUCUUGGUGCUUCACAAAAUAAACUUAGGGUAAAGUCUGUGAACUUUGCUUCUGUGGCUUGGAAAUCCCCAAAUCCAGAGGUUUCCAAAAUUACUAUGCUCUGCCAAGCUGAAGUGGGCAGGGUGCAAGGAGCAAAGGAAGUGAUUGUUCCCUCCUUGUCCUCUAGUUCCCUGUAUUCCUGUUGUUGUUUAGGAGGGAGCGAGAGGAAGGCUGGAGGAGGCUCCUGGUUGGAUUUUUGCCUACCCAGUCUUCUCUCCUUUCUAUCUAUUAGAAGAGCCCUUGCCCACUCCUGAGGGACAUUCAGCAUGAUUCUGUCUACACCAGCUGUGCAGGGGAUGUCUGACUCUCGCCUUUAAAAUCAGCACCCUGUUUGCACUCUUAAAAGGAGUUUUCAAAGCCACUGUAUGGUUCCUGGGAUGCUUGCCCAGAGACUGUAGGACUGUGCUCAUAGACUCUAAAGUGCACAAAUAUACCAAAACAGUGUAAAAUCUAAAACAAAUGACAACCACUACAGACUCAAACCAAUCUAGAGUAAAAUAUCUAGUAACUCCAAUUGAAAAAAAAAAACUUCUAAGCACUUUAUUAUUUCUCUUUUCUUUCAUCUUUCAUCUUUUCUUUGGGAGCUACAUUUUAAUUUGAUAAUCUAUUUUAUCUGGACUUGAAUAUGAAGGGAGUAGAAAGCUCUCUCUCGUGAUUUUUGCUUACAGUGAAGAAGGGAUUAACCAGGAACCCUCGUUGGAGGUUCAGCACCGAGACUGCUACGGAUGUGCCCCACACAAGGAACUGCUAGUUAGCCAGCCAUUGUUCUUGCGCUGCAAUUUGUUUUCCACACUUUGGAGGCCACAGCACUUUCUAGGUGUGGUUCAACUGCACUGUAGCUGCAAUAUAGGCAGGUUGGCCAUGGUCGGGGCAUCUUUUUCCCCCAAAUCCUGCCUGUCACCUGACAGCUUCAGGCACUGUUUCAACAAACCAUUUCAUUAAUUCCAGUGUUGGACUAGAACUCCCAUUAUCCCAAGCCAGCAGGCACUGGGCAUGGUGACUGGGGAUGGUGGGGCUGUUGUCCAAUACUUCUGGAAUGUGUCAAGUUGGGGGUGACUGCUAUAAAUAUUAAACAUUAAAGGAAAAAAGUUGUAAAAAUUUAUGAGGCAACAGUCUUAUUUGGAAGUUUAUUGUCAUUAUUUAAUAAUGGUUACUUUUCUUUAAACUUCAGAAUGCAUGCAUCCCUAAUUUAAAAGAUAACAACAAUGGUGGAGGGAAGUCUAAUUAAGAACACAAAUUGAUUAUAAUCAUUCCAGUUAUUUGCAUUUUUCUUACUUUCUGUUGUAGUUGUAAAAUGAUUCUAAUGAAUAAAACAAUAAUUAAUGACCAGCAGCAAUGCAUGAGAAGCACAACUUUUAUCCCAAGAGAGAGUCAUGAAAAAUUCUAGCUUCCAUUCCUACACUUUACCAAGCAACAACAAAAUAACAAUUGGAGGGAGGGUGUUGCUUUUGCAGGUUAUUCAUUGGUCCUACAUGAAGUCAUCCGAUAACACAAGGACAGAAAGAACAAGCUGAUACAGGGUGGCCACUUAGGUAUCAUCCCAAAAGAUAAAAUGACACAGGUUUGCUUAAGAUGCUUAUGUGAAUAUAUAUGUAUAUAAAUGCAGAUUUAGAAAUCAUUAUAAUUUACACAUAUUGGCCAUAGCAGAGAAGACUGUGGCUAGGUGACUUGUACGCCUGGUGACUUUUGGUGCUAAGCCUUUAACGGGCAAGCUAAAGGCCUCUGCUCUCCUUUCUUAGGAUUAUUGAUCUGUGAACCAGGCAUGGACUGGAAAGCCCAUCAAAUAGGGAACUCCCCUCUGUAAAAAUAUGAUACCUAGGCAUUUUCCUACCUAUGUAAGAAACUUGUUCAACAUCCAUUUGGGGUCAAGGGCCUUCAGUCCAUCUGCUGCUUUGCAGAGGAUAGUGGGGCUUGAAUAAAGGGCACAAAAUGUUUGCAGAGCACCAGCCAAGCACUUUGGAUCUUCGCAUCAACCCAAUGGAACAUAACUUACAUCUCAUGCUACACACUGCGGGCAGUGCUCAAAUGUGAGGGGAGCUGUUGCUAUCAGAAAGCUGUGAAAGGAUGCCAUUUGGCUAGAAGGAGCAGGGUUGGGGAAUUUCACUGAUGUCUUCCUUUUCCCAUAUAAUUUAAGCACUGACCAAACCAAACUGUAACUGGCAAUUUGGCAAGGACGGGACUCUCUGACCCCUGCCAUUAGGCACUAGCUUGCUGGUAGCAGAAUGUGGGGAGUCGAUAGCACAAAGGCUUAAUAACUAUGUGUAUAUUCAAGUAUAAUCAUUAUAAGCUAGUCUCUAAAUCAUCACAGUGUUUUUUUAUUGUUUGGCUUUUUGCUACUACACCACAGCUACUCAUCUGAAAUUUUCCAAGUCAUUUGGUCUGGAAUGGAUUAACCAAUAACAUGCAAUGCUCAGAGGCCACUGAAAGUAUCACAGUGCGUUGUAAUAUGAUAGUAAGGCUGUAGCCUCAGGCACACUGUCAGAAUAUUUGGCCUAGAAGCUUUCUUUGCAAGAUUUCUGUACUUGUUUGCAUAAUAGCCUACCUUGCAAAUAUUUAUCCACAACUGAGUUAUUUGGCCUUUCACAGUUUUCUCAGACAUUUAUCUCUCUCAUAAGUUUAUAAUUUUAUAGAGAAACCAAUGAAAUAUUAAUGUAUAUUUCUGCAUCAAGGAAUCAGUCAGAUUCUAACAAAAGAACUGCAACAGAAGCAUUUGUGCUGACAUGCUUUGACUGUUGACUGAUACAUGCUUGCUGAUACAAGAAAUCAAGAUAGAAUAUUUGCCCAAAUAAAUGCACAUGAAACAAGGUUUCCUCCCUAAAGAAGGGAGAUAUAUGUCAACAGUUCAAAAGUUAUGAGAGGGAAAAUACAAAAAUUCUGGGACAUUCAACAUGCCUUCACAGAACUCGACAGUGGUUUUCACAGGACACAUCUGUCCUGAUCAAAUUCUCUGUUCUGUUCUCCUCCCAGCUCAGAAAUGUUAUUGGGUAGGAUGCUUUAAUCUUUAAUAGCAAUGCUCCUAAAUGAUUCUCAAGAAGCUUAAAAGAUGUGUUUUGUUUGCAGCCACUAUGUAAUUUUGUACAUUCAGUGCUCUUAUAUCAUGAAAUGUAGAAACUGCUUGAGCUUUUAAAGUAAAAGAUGAAAACAUA